AUGGAGACUAGAGGAAGUACGGGGCAAGGUAGCGGGGGCUCAGCGGGAGAAUCCGGGGUCGCAGGCAUCAGAGUGCGGGGGACUGGGCAGCUGGAGGCGGGAGCGGGGCCAGGCAGGGUGCGGGCCGCGGCCCGGAGGAAGCUAGCGGCGAAGACGUCAGAAGUCGGGGUGCGGCGCAGCCCCGGGGGGCGCGGGGGGACAUCGCAGGGCGCGAGCCGGGGGCGGCGCGGGGGCCGCUGCCCUUACCUGGGCGGCUCCGCACUCCGGGCGCCGAGCGGGGGACCCGACGUUGCUCGCGGCGGCGGCGGCGGCGGCUCCAGCUCGAUCCGCCAGCAGCCGAAGGCAGAGUCUGUGUCCGGCUGCGAGCGAGCCGGGAGCGGGCAGCGCGGGAGGCGCGCGGAGAGGCGCUGGGGCGCCGCCCGGCGGGCAGCGAGGGUACUGCGGCGGUCCCGCACGCGGCCGGCCGGGGAGGGGGCGUCCCUCCGGGGCCGCGGCCGCGGGUAUCUCCACUCCCCGGAGGGGUCCUUUAGCUGGGGACCCGGACCUAGGUAG